GAAAAUAUGUGCAUGCAAUUCACUGAUAAAAUGUAAGUUUCAUUUCUAUGUACGAAUUACUGUACUUAUCUAGCCAUUACACAUGGAGCAUACGGACGAAUACAUUCUCCGCAUAGUGUCUUCGCAGUCUUUCUAGCGUUUAAUGAAACUGUAAUUACACUCCCCUCCUCGAUAUCGAGUUCAGAAUUGUAAUGUUUCAAUCAUACAGACACGUACGAUUGACACCACAGCAGACCAAAGAGGAGGCGCAAAUUCAGAGCGCGAGGAUGAUCUCAACCAAUGGGACGCUUCGCCUGAAUUUGUGGGUGUUUCCCUUAGAGCCAUCGAGUUUGGUUGCGUCCAUCGUAGGGGGGAACUGGAACUUGAUACGUUGUUGCAGUAAAUCAGACAGAGCUACAGUAACAGCGUUGAAAUUGGUCACCCUGUUGCAAGUAUUUUUGUCCAGUGAUACAAGCGAGAGUUAUCACUGCCGUCUCCCAUUUGGGGAAGAGUUGAGUUGCUGAGCGAGGAACUACGUCGGGUCGUUUUCGGGAACAGUUUCUGACAGAUUCGACACCUAUUUGACUGGAAAUGUCUGAAAACAAACCGAAUGAUGAUCCGAAGUUAUCCACGACGGACAGAGUGGUUAAAUAAGACAGAAAGUCAAAUGGAGCUAAAUAAGGCUGUCCCGUUUCCCCCUAGCCACCGGCUGACUGUGAAGGAGGUGUUUGACAGCGAGGGCAAACCCAAAGUAGAUGUCCUGAAGGCCCACCUCACCAAAGAAGGGCGCGUGGAGGAGAGCGUGGCGCUACGAUUAAUCGGCGAGGGUGCUGCCAUCCUCCGUUCCGAGAAGAACCUCUUGGACAUAGAGGCCCCAGUCACAGUGUGUGGAGACAUCCACGGGCAGUUCUUUGACUUGAUGAAGCUCUUUGAAGUAGGAGGGUCUCCAGCCAGCACACGGUACCUUUUCCUGGGUGAUUAUGUUGACAGAGGAUAUUUCAGUAUUGAAUGUGUGCUGUACCUGUGGGCCUUAAAAAUCCUUUACCCCAAAACGCUGUUUUUGCUCCGCGGGAACCACGAAUGUAGACAUUUAACAGAAUAUUUCACUUUUAAACAGGAAUGUAGAAUUAAGUAUUCGGAGCGGGUGUAUGAUGCAUGUAUGGAUGCCUUUGACUGCCUUCCUCUGGCAGCGCUCAUGAACCAGCAGUUCCUGUGUGUGCAUGGAGGAUUGUCGCCUGAAAUCACAAACCUCGACGACAUCAGGAAAUUAGACAGAUUCAAAGAGCCUCCCGCAUAUGGACCAAUGUGCGACUUGCUUUGGUCGGACCCGCUGGAGGACUUUGGCAACGAGAAGACCCAGGAACAUUUCACACACAACACAGUGAGAGGCUGCUCCUAUUUCUACAGUUAUCCUGCUGUGUGUGAUUUUCUACAACACAACAACUUAUUAUCUAUCAUUCGAGCCCAUGAAGCACAGGAUGCGGGGUAUCGCAUGUACAGAAAGAGUCAAACUACGGGCUUCCCUUCUCUCAUCACUAUCUUCUCAGCUCCCAACUACUUAGAUGUCUACAAUAACAAAGCUGCUGUGCUGAAAUAUGAGAAUAAUGUCAUGAACAUCCGUCAGUUUAACUGCUCUCCUCAUCCCUACUGGCUGCCUAACUUCAUGGACGUCUUCACUUGGUCUUUGCCCUUCGUUGGGGAGAAAGUCACUGAGAUGCUGGUGAAUGUUUUGAGUAUCUGCUCCAACGAUGAGCUGACCACUGAUGAGGAGAUAGAUGGACAGCUAAUAUAUGGGCCCAAGAAAGGAGCCACAGCUUCUGCACGUAAGGAGGUGAUCCGAAAUAAGAUCCGUGCCAUUGGAAAGAUGGCUCGAGUUUUCUCGGUUCUGCGGGAGGAGAGUGAGAGCGUUUUGACUCUGAAGGGUCUCACUCCAACCGGCAUGCUGCCCAGCGGAGUUCUGUCUGGAGGCAAGGAAAAACUACAGAAUGCAACUAUUGAGGCUAUAGAGGCAGAUAAAGCAAUCAAAGGCUUUUCACCCCAGCACAAGAUCAGCAGCUUUGAGGAGGCUAAAGGGCUGGACCGCAUCAACGAGCGAAUGCCCCCUCGCCGAGACAACGUGCCCUGCGACACAAGCCUCAACUCCCUCAAUAAGGCGCUGUCGUCCGAGACCAACGGCACCGAGGGCAAGGCUAGCAGCGGGAGUGGCAACAUCCAGUGAUCCUGCAUUGCUCCAGCAUGUUCGUCGCAUGAUCGCAGUGAUUAAGCCCCUCCCUCUCUUUUUCCAUGCCAUAGCUGAUGGAGGGAAAGGAAGGAUUUGGAGUGUAGAGUAAGAGGAAAGAAGAAAGGGAAAAGGACAGGAGAGAUAAAGGAAAGAAGGAGAGCAGCAUUUCAAACAUAAUUCAGAGUGACACUCACUAGUCUUUGGAUAUGCCUUUAAAAAUAUAUACAUUUUGUUUUGUUUUUUGUUUUUUUGCUUGUAGAAACCAUGACAAGUUCUUGCCGGUUCACUAGUUUCUGAAUGAUUUGGGGAUGAUCUUGGUUUUGGCGUAGGGAAUUAUAGCAGGUGACUGAGAAAUCAUAUGUGAAAAGGCCUUUACUUACUGGAUAUAAAAAUUGUGUUUGUUUCUCUCUGUGUGUGUGUGUGUGUGGGGGGGGGGGGGGGGUGGGCAGGUUUAAGUGGUUUACGGGGAAACAUUUUUAGGUUACAAACUGGUAAUUACAAGGGUAUUAUACUAUAAAUGUGGUUUAUGAGGACAUUUCUAGUGCCCCCAUAAUUCAAAUCGCUUAAAAAAACAUGCUAAACAAUGUUUUAUUGAAAAUAUAAAAUGCAGAAAGUUUUUUGUGAGGGUUAGGUUUAGGAGUAGGGUUAGGGGAUAGAAUCUGUAGUUUGUACAGUAUAAAAAUCAUUAUGUCUAUGGAGAGUCCUCAUAAUGAUAGCUGCACCAACAUGUGUGUGUGUGUGUGUGUGUGUGUGUGUGCGUGACUUACUAACUGAUGUACGUUUACAAAAAUACAGCACUAAAAAUGGACAGAAGGUAAAAAAAGUUUUUAACAAAAAAAGGGUGUACAAACUAAGUAAGGACUAUUUAUUGAUACCUUUUUUGCUACUCUUAUAAACUAGCUUUAGAGUAAAUUAGGCAGUCUUAAAAGAGUGUUGCUACAUUGUUAUAAUGCCAAAAAUGGAACGUUUUAUGGUUUUGUACAGAUUAUGCUUACCUCAGGUUUCUUUGGUGUGUGUGUGCUUGGAUCCAACUUUCUGUAUAAUUGCAAGCUAGCUUGAUGAAUAUGGAUUUUUUUGGAGUUCGAAACUGGAAUUUACUUUUAUCAUUUGCAUACAUGUUUUUUGUUUUAUUUGGACAGGGUGGGGGAAGAAUUAUUGUGGCUUGCUGGAAAUUCUGUGAGUGUUUUGUCUCUUCAAAUAUUUCGAACAAACAAAAAAUGAUAUAUAAAGCACCUAUAUUCUGUAAAACAAAAAAGAGAGAGAGAGAAACAGAAAGAAAAAGGUGAUUUAUGGAAAGCAUCUGCCUAUGCAUGUUUUAUAAGAUUUAACUAAGGAUAUUGAAUUACCUUGGCUGCCAAGGCCUGUUUUUAUCUGUAGUGUGCUUAGUGGAUAAAUCCUGGAAAUGUACCGCCAUUCUUUGCUAUAACACUUGGAAAAGCUUAAAGCCUUUAACUGGUUUUGUAAUCACAGCAUCUACUAUUAAUAUUGGAUGAUGAUGAGGAAUCAUGUUUUCAAACAAACUUGUUUGUAAGUACACCAGUAAUCCGAUUUAGCAUGUUUAGGUGUUCAUGUGAAAUAGGUUUGUGGUUCUCUAAUGUCAAACUCAAAAUGCAUGAAAGCUGUUAGUGUCAUACAAGGUUUAGAUUUAUUUGUUCUUUUUGUAAAGGUGCCAUAGACAAAAAGUGUAUUUGCAUAUUAUUAUUAUUAUUAUUAUUAAUUAUUAUUAUUAAUUCUGCUUUGUAUAUCAGUUUAUUAUUGCGAAAAAUUUACGAAAAACAAACUCCAUCGAUGUUUUUUUAACAACUGCUUAAGUGCCCAAGUAAUUCACUACACAAAAUAAAGCCUUGCUUUUAUAAUUUAACUUCCAAACUGUUGGCAGAUGACGCAUGCACUUGCAACUAUGAAAAGGUAUUUUAUAGGACUGUUCAAUAAAAAUGUGCAUGAAAUUCA